AAAAAGGCGACUCAGAUGUACCGCUGUUAGUCGACACGUGCGGGUCUUUAACGCUCAUGGCGUUUAGUUUUAAGGGAUAAAGCUGGGAAGGAAACCAGCUGCCGUCUACCAAGUUGGUGUUUAUUUAACAGUCUUGAAGAUGCUGAGUGAUUCUGAGGCUGCAGAGCUGCUCUCCUUCCUGGCUCCUGGCACACGGCCUGAUGUCAAAGGUCACACCACCGGCUACAUUCUGGGACUGUCAGGACACAGGUGGGCGGCGGAUGGCGUCACUGAUAGUGCUCUCACAUUACUACCUAAUAUAUUUAUUUUCAGGGAUGGCUGCCGCUUCCUGCGCUCUAAACCUGACUUAAUUAGUGCACUUUUUGCGCUGACCUCUGACCCCUCCAUCGCUAUCGUGAAGGAUUGCUACCACAUCCUGAUCAACUUGUCGGCCGAUGAGACUCUGCACCAGGUGCUCAUGAAUGAUGUCAACGUUGUUCCUGUGCUGCUUAAGAACACCAUGGAUCCAGACUUCCCCUUUUCUGAUCAGAUCUGCAGCAUCCUGUCCAACCUGACGCGCCAUGAGAAGACAUGCAAGUCUCUGUUUAAGCUGCUCCAGGAGGAUGUUGGACUUGCUCAGCUGGUGGACAUCUUCUGUACUGAAGGGUACAACAAGAACGCCAAAUUCCACUAUUUGGCUCCUAUGCUAUCCAACCUCACGCAGCUACCUGAGGCCAGACACUUUUUGAUGGACAAAGACAGGUGUGUCAUCCAGCGGUUGUUGCCCUUCACACAGUUUCAAGCGUCAGUGGUGAGGAGGGGUGGAGUCAUCGGUGUCCUGCGCAACUGCUGCUUUGAUUACGCCAAUCACGAUUGGUUGCUAAGCGAUGCAGUGGACAUCCUGCCGUUCCUGCUGCUGCCACUGGCUGGUCCAGAGGAGCUGAGUGAGGAAGAAAAUGAAGGUCUGCCGGUAGAUCUUCAAUACCUGCCAGAAGACAAGAAGAGAGAAGACGAUCCCGACAUCAGGAAGAUGCUGCUGGAGACUCUCAUGCUGUUGACUGCGACCAAGGCUGGUCGGAAGGCUCUAAAAGACAAAAACGUCUACCCCAUCAUGCGGGAGUUCCACCGCUGGGAGACGGACACCAAGGUCACAGCAGCCUGUGAAAAACUAGUCCAGGUGCUUAUAGGAGACGAGCCUGAGCAGGGCAUGGAGAACCUGAUGGAGGUGGAGAUUCCUGAGCAUGUGGAGGAGAAGCUGAAGGAGGCCGACGCCAAGGAGCAGCAGGAGCUGGAGAGCGAGGAGGACAGGAGACAAAUACAUGAGGAGGCCGAAAAUGAGGAGGGGACACAAACCAGGCAGGACUGAUGCAACAUGUAAUAUUUGGACAAUCAGUCUACAACUGCAGCUUCACUUAGAAAGGACAGGACAUAGUGUACAGUUAACAGGGUGAUGAUGCUUUUAAACCUUCUCUUUUUUUUGGCAACUAGUUUAUGUAGGUGGCAUUGCUCAGGUGUAGAGUGGUCCUCAACCCACCCCCGGUGACAAGGUCAGACAAUGAAAACUCAGUUGUAGCUGAUGCUGUGUCAUCAGUAGGUGAGUGGGGUUGUGAUGUCAAAGCGCUUUGAGUACCUUAAAAGCGUUACACAAGUGAAAUCCCAUUUAUUUAGAUUUUGGUAUGUAUUGAAAAGUGAAUUCCACCACCUGAGGCAUGAGUUUCCGUCACCUAUGUCGCAAUAGGGAUUUUUAAAUCAAAGGAGAAAUUUCUGGUCACUGCAGGUAGUCAGCCUUGUGACCGCGUACUUUUCGCCAGCAGAUGGGGCCAGCGGUCAAGCCAUUCCCUGCUAGCUUUGUGUUUAUGCUACAACAUUUCCUGCUGUAAAGUCAAGAGGUUCUCAUAGUUUCCUGGCUUAACAUAUCUUGGAAGGCGCUGCUUGCUAAUAGUUGUCAUUUGUGUCUGAGCUCAUUCGAAAGUGAUGCUUUGUUGACAUUACGUCGCGUGAAAGACUCAAUAAACUGCACCAAACGUGUCACUGCGUCUACACGUUGGUCACAAACACAGCCUAAUGACACCCUAAAUGCAUCACUAAUCAAUUACAUUUGACAAGAAUACUUUUACCAGACACUGCUGAAUAACGUAAAGCGUUUCUUGUUUCACUUCCGUGUUUCCGUGCCAGACGUGUGCUACACCCCGGUCAUAUUUUAUGGUAUAAAAAAAACAACCUCUGUCAUACAAAUUAUUUUUUUUAUUUAUCAGUACUGUUCACGUCAACAUGGACACGAUAUGUCUUUCACCUCCCUGUUAGAAAAAUAUAAAGACUGAAAAUAACUAUUGGCAUUGUACGAUUGGAGUACAUAAACUAUAUACAGCAAGGUGCCGAAUGUAACUAGUUACCUGCUCUGAACAUGCCAUGCUGCACUCACAACACGGCCGCGUGAUGUAAUAUAAAGUUUUACUCCUUUUUUCUAUUCUCUUCGUUUAAUAUCGCAAUUAAUAAACUUUGAUAACUUCCGCGAUAGGAUGGCCUCUGGCAGAAGACAAAAAUAGCUGCCUCUGCAUCCAGCAGGGUGCGCUGUGACGUGCAAUGUAAUCUAAUUUGUGUGUGUGUGUGUGUGUGUGUGUGUGUGUGUGAGACUGGAAGAGUGAAGGAGGCUGCCAGAAUAAAAACAAGUGUUCCUGUGUUAGUACGUGCACAGCAGAGACAUGGAUUAACUGUACCAGCAAGACUUUUUCUUUCUUUCUUUUUAGUAUCCCAAGACACUAGGGUUGGGUUUGGUGAUGGUGAGACAAGCACAAACCCAAAAGCAGCAGACAAUGCUUAAGUAAGAUUUUAACAUUAACUAUCACAUAAGUGUAAAAAGAAGAUAACCACUGUUAAUAUGUAGACAAGAAAACAAAACAUUCUAAACAUUAAUGACAAUGUUGUCAUGCAUCUGAUUCUCACUGUGUGUAAAAAGAAAUUAAGCACUGUCAUAAAUUAAAAAAAAAUAAAAACUAAAUAAAUGUGAUAAGUGUUGCAAAAAAGCCAAAGAAAAACCUAAAUGCAUGCAUGGAGAUCAUCCUUAAAAUAUUUUCUACAAGAUGGCGGUUCAAACUUGGAGAUUUGUAAGAAUGUAGCUUUUUUUUUUUUUUUUUUUACAAAUGAAAGUGUGCUUUUCACUGGACGGUGUCGAAGGUGAAAGUUCAUAUCGCUAGGGGUGAUGUUUCUUGCUAGUGCUUUUGAACUGACAUUCAAUAUAACAUUUGGUAUCAGACCCUGGAUGCUUGAGGUAGCAGUUGGUUGGGGGCUGGGGUCAAAGUUCAUGUCUUCAAUAACAACACACUGAUAGUUUUAUAUUAGUGUAUGUGUGAGUUGACUGGCUUUCCGCAUUGUGUCAUGGAGGAAAGUUACUCAGCAACUCACUGAUCUCCUUUCACUUCUCCUGUCUGCACUGUUGCCAACAUUUUGUUGUGUUUGCUUCCACAUAACGUAUUUCGCAGCUUCGUCAACUCAAAACGUUCACUAUAAGAAAUAGUAAAUGCCUCUCCUCCAUUACACAAUCUUGAAAGUUUAUACAAAGACUUGUCAGCUGCAUGCCACUGCUGUCAAUCGCUUUGUUUGUCUGCGCUCUGAUUGGUUGUGCUGUGUAUGCCAUGCAGAAGUCUCCGCCCCCUGAGAGGGCCGCUGUACUUUUCCACUCCAAAGUGUGUCUCUAAGUCAAUCCUCUCCUACUCUCCCUCCUCCCCUUCUGCACACAACCUGAGGUUGGUCACCGAUUGGUUUUUAAGGUCUGAUGGCUGACAAAAAACAUCCAGUAUUCCUGAUUUGUGCUGAAAGUAUGUUAGCUUUUGUUAAAUUAACUUUGUGUUCUAUUUUAAAGAAAACUCAACAAUGUCUUGGCAAGUCCACUUUUUAUGUUGUACAUGUCAGUAAGACACCCAGCAUGUGAGUCUGAGCAGUCUUUGUGAAUGUUGGUUCCGCAGCAAAGUGUCAUGACGUCUUGCAAAUCACUUAAAGUUCAUUUUAAAGCGUCCAUGACACGAUUCAGCAACUUUGCUUAAAUAUGUUAUAUAUUGUUUGUAAUUGUGUUCUACUUUGUUCGAUUGUUGAAAGCCAAUGGUAAAUUGGCAAAAAAAAGUUCAUGGCGCCAGCCAUGAUGAAAUGGCUCGCAGCUCAGCCUCAUUUCCGGAAGUGAAGUCAUCGGGAUGACGCAAGAUUAAAAAAAAAACACUUCGUCGACUUGGUUCACUAAAUUUUUCACCAAAACAAAAUGUUGUGUUGCUGCUGGAUGAUCACAGUAUCCGAGCGAUACUGUAAGUUUUUCGUUUCCGAAAGACGAAGAUUUAAGACAACAAUGGAUGAAGCAAGUGCAGAGAACGAGAGGUCGAUGUACUGCAAAAAAAAGAUCGGUGAGGAUAAUUCGUAAUGCUGUUUAGAGAGAACAUACAAACCCUUUAUUUUUAAAAUCACAGAUAUUAAAAUUAGCUGAUUUUAGUACAUUUUCAAACAGCUAAAUUAAUGUAUAAAGUUAACAAUAACUUGUUCCCCAAAAACGUCAUACAGUAUUUCUCUAUGAAAGACGAGAAAUAUGAUCUUAGAGGAAAAUAAAAUUUAAAAAACACUUAUAUGCGAGAACAAUGCUGAAAUCCCACAGCAUUUCAGUAUGUGGAAUUAAAUUUUGGAGCGGACUGAGUAAGGAACUCAAUGUACCGAGAUGAGCAAAUUCAACAAACAAUACAAGCAGUUGAUGUUUGCUAAAUAUAAGUCAGAAGAGUCUUGGCUAUUAUACUUAUUGCUCUGUCAUGCUUGUUUAUUAUUAUUUAUUAUUACACUGAUUAUUAUAUCAAAAAUAUUACAUGGAAUGCAGGAUGUGGAAUGGAUGUGGGGGUAGGACUAAAUAAGCUUUGCUUCUUACUACUCCUUUUGAACAUGUGGAACUGUGAAAUGAUGAUUUAUGAGAUGUGUUCCAUUGUAACCUUCAUGCAUGUUCAAAUAAAAUUAAACCAAACCGAUGGACGCCCAUCUAGACUUCUGAUCAUUGCAGUGAUUAUUUCACUGAUGACUCCUUCGAAGAAACACCUUUUACAAGAAUCAUUUGGCUUGAAUGUACGGCAUAAACGCAUUAAACACCGGUACACAGGAAAAAAAGAACAAAGAACUAUGUCAAAUUUGGCACAAUAGAGUACGAUAAGUAAUGUCUUGUUUCCAUAAUGACACAAUUCCAUGAUAGCGACAAGGCUGCAAAGCAUUAUACAUGUUGUAUACACAUCUUUUGACAGCGAUAUGUUUUACUGCGGGGGUAGGCGGUGGCAAGCAUUCGUCCUCAAAGUCUCACUGCCACAUAUACAAAAAAAGUCUAUAAAAACCCCUUUACGCUCCAAAUGUUUCUUCCUCAAACUUUUUAAACAUCGCUCAGAUCUUCGCUAUAAUCUCUGUAAACAUCCUCCGUCACGUACAACACCAUGUUUGUUUACCUGAGUGAUAUUACCACAACGAUGUUGACUGUUGAAAAGCCUAAAUGGCAACUUGACUCUAUGUAGCCUUUUAAAUAUAAUCAUGUCAGUGUACUCGUUUAAUCGUUUUCCUGAAUUAAAUUGCUCCAUUUUCAGCU